GACGUCAUUGGUCCUACCAAAACAGGAACGCGAGAUUGGAACUGUGUAGUUCCGGUUUUUGGAGACCUUAGUUCCGGAACCGUACAGUUCCCUUCAAAAGUUUUUAGGGUCGGAGCCAAGCGAGACAAAUGGCAAACGAAAUCGCAUCAAAGGCUGUGGAACGAUGGGCAGACAACGAGGUGGAGGCAUUUCUUAGUAUUUAUUCGGAGGAUUGCAUUCAAACCGGUCAAAGGAGCAAUGAGGUGUACCAGACAAUUUCGUUGCGUCUAGCUCAAAUGGGGAUAUACCAUACCCCAAAACAGUGUCGAGAGAAAAUAAAGAAAUUGAAACAAGACUACAAAAAAACUAAGGACAUGAUUAUGCAAAGCGGUGGCGCAAAUAGAAGGACCAGCAAGUGGUUCCACGCUCUGGAUUUGAUUCUUGGCAGACCACCCUUGGCCUUUGUUGAUGGCACGCAGUGGGCUGCAACAACCGAUAACGUUUCCAUUACCAUGCUGAAUCUUGAUUAUGGCGUUUCAUCUGCAGAAGAUCCAGAGCCACCAGAGCAAAAGCCAUCAGUCAGUGGGAAAAGCAUUGAUAAAUGGAGUCAUUUGGAGGUGCAAUCUUUACUGAAGAUCUACGCAGAGAGCGACAUCCAGAGAGAGCUUGGAAUGUGGCGGCGCAAUGAAAAGGUGUACCAGAAGAUCUCCCGUCGCCUGGCAGAGCUGGGCAUCCAUCACUCAUCCAAGCACUGUCGGGACAAGAUCAAGAAGAUGAAACAGGACUACAGGCGGCUAAAGGAGCAGGAGAGUGCAGCGGGGGAGCGCGGCAGCAUACGACUCAGCAUCAGCAGGCCUCUGUGGUUCGACGCCUUCGACGCCAUACUCCAGGGCCAGAAGUGUGAGGACGCGCAGCACCAGGGCGACACUCUGUUCAUGGAGGAGGACAUGAGCGACGAUGGCCACAUGAGCAACAAUGAACAAGAGUCGUCGGCAGAAGAUGACCAGUCUGAAGCCCUCCACCAGGAGGAGCACGGCUCUGCUGACUCCCCAGGCUCCAGCAGCCGGGACCCGGUCUCACAUCCCUACACUCUCACCUCACCUCGACACAUAUCCAAUCACAUCAAAGGCUCACCGUCAGAGCGUGUCCAGUUGGAGGAGGCGGGCUCCAUGGGCUCUGCAGUGACCUCGGGGUCUCCUCCUCGCCCCACCACGCCCUCUUCACAUCACAUCUCCCCAUCACGACCUCCUGAGCAGACCAGAGGUAAGAGGAAAAGGGAGCCGGAGCUGCUGGAGGAUGUGAUGCGUCAGAUGGAGAGGAGGGAGGCGGCGUUCUUGGAGCGCAUGCAGGAGAUGGAGCAGGCGCACCUGGGCAUCAUGCGGCAGGAGCUGCAGCAGCGAGAACGCUACUUCCAGAUGCUACUGGAGCAUAACCAGCAGGAGGCCAAGGCGCGGGAGAGGGAGUUUGCCCUGCGGAAGGAGGAGGUGGCGGAGGCCAGAAGGCAGCAGGAGGCUUUUCAGCAGGGCUUUCUCUCCACGCUCAGCCAGCUGGUGCAAGUUCUGGACAAGAGGAGGGACAGCCAACCAGUGGCACCGCCUCUGGACUAGAGAAGUGGAGGACAAUUCUUAAUCAAUGACUGACUGAAUGAAUGGAGUGGUUGUAGUGUUCUGACCGUGCUUUGCCAGCACAUGCAGGAGGCUUUUCAACAGGGCCUCUUCUCCACGCUCAACCAGCUGGUGCCAGUCCUGAACAAGAAAAGGCACAGCGGAACAGUGCGCCGCCUCUGGACUAGAGGACAAAUAUUUUUUAAAUUUAACUUUUUUGGCCUUUUACAACUUUAUUACUCAGAAUGGUGAGAGACAGGAAGUGAGUGGAGGUAGAGAGGUGGAGAACAAUCGGGAAAGCGUCUGGGGCUGGAAUCGAACACCGGUCUCUGGUGUAAUGGUAUGGAGCACUAGUCCACUGAGAUGCGGGGCCCCCAUGGAGGAGAAUGCUUAACGACCGACUGAAUGAGCAGAGUGCUGCAGUUUUCUGCCCAUGCUUGAACAAGCGCAUGCAUGCAGGUGCUGGACAAUAAGAGCAAUGGCCAACCAGUGACACUGCCUUUUGACUAGACUGGAGUUGGCCGGAAGGCGGAAGAGGAUUAUCAGUAAAUAUAUACUGUCUCUAUACUUUUUGGGAUAUACUGUAUGUUUGAACUUGUAAAUAGUUCAUUGAACAUAUCAGAGAUUGCACAUUGCUUUUUUAUUUUUGAGCCAACAACGUGGUUUAAAAUGUGGUGUAUGUUUCCACUUAUUCCUGUCUGUGCCCAGCCAGCUUGUGCAGGUGUUAGACAACUAGAUACAGCCACCCAGUGCCUUUGCCACCCAUAGCACUGCCUCUUGACCAGCCGUGAGGAAGACGCAAAAUUGGAUUUUUCAUGACUGACCGUUGGCCAUGUCUACUUGGGGUUCCUUUUUAUUUUGGGAUAUGCUGUGUAUAUUUGUUUUAUUUGUAAAUAGUUCAUUAAGACAUAUUGGUUUGUUGUACAUUUUUGCUUUUUUGAGGAAGAAGAAAAUACAAUCAACAAUGUGGUUGUGAAAUAAUUAAAUGUUUCCAUUUUGUACUGAAUACUAUGUGAUUGAAGAUGUUUUAAAGGGGUCAAUUCAAACUACACGAGGGAAAGCGUUUUAUUAGCAAAGUUGAGUUGAGUGAUGGUCACACUUAUCACAAGGAGUGUGUAUGUUUUUUGGAAUAGAUAUUUUGCCAUAUCCCAUGGGAGCUCUGUACAUUGUUGCUUGAAGAAAGAAAGGAAAACAUGAUCAUCAGGGUGGGUAAAAAGUGUAUUUAUAUGUAUAUUAUGACUAGUGCAGGGAUGGGGAACCUCUUUCAUUCGAAAGGCCACUUCAAAUUCCUUCAAGGGCAGUAAAAGUCCUCCGAGGGCCAUACUAUUGUAUGAACACAAACCAGGAUUUCCCAUGCACCAUAGGCCUAUAUUUAAGGAAGCCACCUUCAAAACAGACCCCACCUUCUCUUAGUCCCCUGAAUAUAACCUAAUAGUAUUGAAAAUGUAAUUUGUAAGACCCAUACAAAAUAUGUCGUAUUUCAUGUGAAGCAGCAUAACAGUAUGUCGGGGAUGGAUAAAACGGCCUCAAGGGCCCUAAACGGCCCUCGAGACAUGCCAGGGUUCCCUACCCCUGUUGUUAUGAAUGGGCCCUAAUGUGGGAGUUAAGAUGUUUGACAAUAACUAUAUGGUGAGAACAGCACCUGUUUAAUUCGUCUAACACAUGUCAAUCAAAUAAAAAGUGCACACUG